CUAGGCAAGUUCAGAUCAUGAAACUCAUCCAAGUUGGAUUGAGAGACGGUGUCUUCAUCUAAACACAAGACAAAAUGUCUGGAAUUACCUUAAGUGUUGAAAAUCAUCAUCAUUUUCUGUAAUCACCUCAUUCUAAAAGAAGACAGAUAACUCGCCAAUAGUGGAUCUCUAUCUACACUUUUAGCAGAUGUAUAUAGUAAAGAAUUUUGGACUUUCAUGAUAUCUCAAUACUUAACACUUAGAACUAUUGCUCACAUGUUUGAUUUAUUUGAAUCGAUCUUUUAUGUCUGAAGUUAUGAAGAAAUAUUUAAAACUGAUUCACCAGGGGAUCACUAUUGCCAAUAGGGAAUGUUUGAAGAGAGGAGGCUAUAAUGUAGAAUAGUAUAAAACCUUUUAUCUCCAACUUCAGAAUAGCAUUUUACAAUGGAGAAGUUUCUUGCAUCAAGUCACAAAGCCAGUGACCUAUUGGCCGGUAAAGUUGGUCCAGACGGGAUUUUGCAAGACAGUAAAGUUAGUGGUGAUCUCUGUUCGCAGUAUAAGUUGGCAACUUUGUUGUUGAUCAGUGGACACACAGCCAAAGCUCACAGAUUACUUGACAGGAUCAAAAGGGAUUUUAUGCAGGCAGAUGGGGAUCUGAUAUCAUUCCCAGAGAAAAGUGAGAGAAGAAGGAAAAGUGCAAGUUUUCCAUUGUCACAUUUUUGGACGUACAUGAAUGCCUGGAUCGCUAUGGGUGCUCACAGAAUGGGAAGGUUUGAUAUAUCAUUCCCUGCCUUCAACUUUUGUAAGACUUUCUUCCACCCAGAUUAUCAGUUAGUCUCUGUCACUGAGAGGCUUGCUGAUGUUAAUGAUGAAUCAACCAUGGAUUGCUUGUCGACGGCUCACUUUGGAUUAUUUUGUCUAUAUAUGGGAGAUUUAGAAACAGCGAAGCAGUGUGGAGAGGGCUUAUUAAAGUUGAUGGCAGCACAACCAAAUUUUGAGAAGGAAGUGCUUCUCCGGAUGUCGGUAAAGACUGGUUCCCUUAUAGCAAACCCACCUGCAAAUAUGGAACCAUUCUAUAUAGUGAAACAAGAUUCUGCAAAUCAGCUGUACUUCUUCCUUGGUUACCAUGGAAUUUUCAUGGUAAAGUUAUUCCAAGCGACAAAAGAUCAGAAAUUUUUGGAGAGCGCGAAAGCAAUAAUAGAUUUUGCUCUGACAUGCCACGAAAGUAUCUGUGUCUUUAGUUUCAGCCACAAGGUGGCGUAUGCUGCAGCACUUCUAGCAGUUGAAACUAAAGAAGCGAAGUAUCGCAGAUUUGCUAUUGGGAUUGGAGAGUAUUUAAUCUCUAUCCAAACUGAAGAAGGUUUUUUCUGCAAAGAAAUGGAUCUGAUAGAUAAAUACGAUCAGACAGCAGAAAUAGCAAUUUGGUUACAAGAGCUGAACAACGAACUGAAAAAAAUAGUUAAUUAAUAUCAAAAACAAAGACGUAUUAAUUAAAAACAAAGACAUACCAAGACAUGAUUCAGACAUAAAUUUACUUUUAAUUCUACUGUUUGAAAUUUUUCAGAUAGUAGAGCUUUUGUCAUCACCUUUUAGUUGGCCUCUGCAUCAGGAAAAUUUGGCAUGUAAGCAGGUUUCCCUAAAGAAUUAGGUCCAAUACUUUCAACUGUCACACAUGGAUUAGAUGGGUAAAGGUCACCUUGUUGGUAUGGUCCUACUAGACCUACUAAAAGCCUUUGAUACGGUCAGCCAUUCAAUUAUCUUAAUGAAAUUAACAGCUCUAGGCCUUGUUGUUCCUACAGUAAGUUGGUUUUCUGGCCGCGUCAUACCAAAGACUUAAAAAAAUGGUACUAGCAGCUUCCUCGCUUGGCAUUAAGCAUUAAGAGGAUAGUGUUAGGACUGGUUGCCCAGUGUCAGUAUAAUGUGACUGGGUGGGGUAUCAUGUCAUGUGUCUACGGCUUGCUAUUCCAGUGACGCAGAACUAUAAAGUAGGGCAUUGUGCUCACUGCUACCAGUAGACACCGUCAUUUAUAUGACUGAAAACUUAUCGAAAAAGACUUUAAACCCGAACACACACACAAUCAUAUUGAUAAAGAACAUUUUGUGUGCCUUAAUUGGUUACUCGUACCAUUGACAAGUAGGAUCAAUCAAAUAACUCUCGUGUCAUGACUUUAAGAUACACUCUAGUUAUUUUUUGUCAGAUGUUUCAUGGUAUGAUAUUACCAUAGCAAUUUACGUAUCUUGCAUUCAUGAAUUAACUUCAAGUAUUGCAUAAUGUGCAGUGCUGCACGCUUGGACUGCCCAGGCAGCGUACUUGUAAUCUUAUUUUACCAGAUAAUAUAACAAUAUUAGUUAUGUAGAAUAAUAGUUUAGAUAAAACAUAAUACUUAUUUUUAGCUCACCUGUCACAAAGUGACAAGGUGAGCUUUUGUGAUCGCGCAGCAUCCGUCGUCCGUGCGUGCGUCCGUCCAUCCGUGCGUAAACUUUUGCUUGUGACCACUCUAGAGGUCACAUUUUUCAUGGGAUCUUUAUGAAAAUUGGUCAGAAUAUUCAUCUUGAUGAUAUCUAGGUCAAGUUUGAAACUGGGUUAUGUGCGGUCAGAAACUAGGUCAGUAGGUCUAAAAAUAGAAAAACCUUGUGACCUUUCUAGAGGCCAUAUUUUUCACAAGAUCUUCAUGAAUAUUGGUCAGAAUGUUCAUCUUGAUGAUAUCUAGGUCAAGUUCGAAACUGGGUCACGUGCCUUCAAAAACUAGGUCAGUAGGUCAAAUAAUAGAAAAACCUUGUGACCUCUCUAAAGGCCAAAUUUUUCAUUGGAUCUAUAUGAAAGUUGGUCUGAAUGUUCAUCUUGAUGAUAUCUAGUUCAAGUUCGAAACUGGGUCUCGUGCGGUCAAAAACUAGGUCAGUAGAUCUAAAAAUAGAAAAACCUUGUGACCUCUCUAGAGGCCAUACUUGUGAAUGGAUCUUCAUAAAAAUUGGUCAGAUUGUUCAUCUUGAUGAUAUCUAGGUCAAGUUCGAAAAUGGGUCACGUGCCGUCUAAAAGUAGGUCAGUAGGUCAAAUAAUGAAAAAACCUUGUGACCUCUCUAGAGACCAUAGUUUUCAUGGGAUCUGUAUGAAAGUUGGUCUGAAUGUUUAUCUUUAUGAUAUAUAGGUCAAGUUUGAAACUGGGUCAACUGCGGUCAAAAACUAGGUCAGUAGGUUUUAAAAUAGAAAAACCUUGUGACCUCUCUAGAGGCCAUACCCUUGAAUGGAUCUUCAUGAAAAUUGGUCAGAAUAUUCACCUUGAUGAUAUCUAGGUCAGUUUUGAAACUGGGUCACGUGCCAUCAAAAACUAGGUCAGUAGGUCAGAUAAUAAAAAAACCUUGUGACCUCUCUAGAGGCCAUACUUUUCAUGGGAUCUGUAUGAAAGUUGGUCUGAAUGUUCAUCUUGAUAAUAUCUAGAUCAAAUUUGAAACUGGGUCAACUGCGGUCAAAAACUAGGUCAGUAGGUCUAAAAUUAGAAAAAUCUUUUGACCUCUCUAGAGGCCAUAUUUUUCAAUGGAUCUUCUUGAAAAUUGGUCUGAAUGUUCAUCUUGAUGAUAUGAUCUAGGUCAGGUUCGAAACUGGGUCAAAUGCGGUCAAAAACAAGGCCAGUAGAUAUAAAAAAAGAAAAACCUUCUGACCUCUCUAGAGGCCAUACUUUUCAUGAGAUCUUCAUGAAAAUUAAUGAGAAUGUUCAUCUUGAUGAUAUCUAGGUCAAGUUCAAAACAGGGUCACGUACCUUUGAAAACUAGGUCAAUAGGUCAAAUAAUAGAAAAACCUUGUGACCUCUCUAGAGGCCAUAUUUUUCAAUAGAUCUUCAUGAAAAUUGGUCAGAAAUUUUAUCUUGAUGAUAUCUAGGUCAAAUUCAAAACUGGGUCACAUGAGCUCAAAAACUAGGUCACUAUGUCAAAUAAUAGAAAAAACGACGUCAUACUCAAAACUGGGUCAUGUGGGAACAGGUGAGCGAUUCAGGACCAUCAUGGUCCUCUUGUUUAUCAUCUAUUGUGAUGAUGGUAGGCUUUAAUUAUUUGAUAUCUAUGAAUUGUGAUAACCCAAGUCUUUCUUUUUUUCUGUGAUUUGUCUUCCAAUGACAUACGAUAUUAUACUUCACAAGAACCAUUAUGGAAAUGAGAUGAUUUCUAUAUAUGUAUAUGACACGGCUUUAUUUAACAUGCAUACUUGUUCAUUGUUGUCUGUAUAUUGUUAUAUAUAUUGCCAUGAAUACUUACACAAAAAUAAAUCUGUCUGUCUAUCUAUUUAACUUAGAAUUUCAGGUAACAAUUUUGUAUGGAAGCAGGUUUCUCAAAAUCUACUGGGCCA